UGGCACUGCAGCCCUUCUCCCACCUCUUCCCCGCAGACGCCAAAAGCCUGGUGCCCGAGCCCUUUUUAUUCAGACAGCGACCACGAGCGGCGCCACCGCGGCAGCUCUGUCGCGCCUAUCGCGAUGGGAGGCCGGGGGCGGGUCCUCCCGCCGCCGGGAACGCCGUGUGGCGGCGGGGCCGGGCCGGGCUCACGCAGCGGCGGGGCAGGCGGAGCGGCGGGGCCCGCAGGGAGCGGCCGGGGCGGCGGCGGCGGCGGCGGCUCCUCCUCUCCGGCCAUGGCUGUAAAAGACCCGACAGCUGUAGAAAGAGCAAAUUUACUGAACAUGGCGAAAUUAAGUAUCAAAGGACUCAUUGAAUCAGCUUUGAGCUUUGGCCGCACUCUGGAUUCUGACUACCCUCCUUUGCAGCAGUUCUUUGUUGUCAUGGAGCACUGCCUGAAGCAUGGCCUUAAAGUAAGAAAAUCCUUUCUAAGCUACAAUAAAACCAUCUGGGGUCCUCUGGAACUUGUGGAGAAAUUAUAUCCAGAAGCUGAGGAAAUAGCAGCAAGUGUCAGAGAUUUGCCUGGCCUCAAAACACCACUGGGCCGUGCCCGGGCCUGGUUACGGUUGGCACUAAUGCAGAAGAAAAUGGCUGACUAUCUUCGCUGUUUAAUCAUUCAGAGAGAUCUUCUCAGUGAAUUUUAUGAGUAUCAUGCGCUAAUGAUGGAGGAAGAAGGAGCAGUUAUUGUUGGAUUGUUAGUUGGCUUGAAUGUAAUAGAUGCCAACCUGUGUGUAAAGGGCGAAGACCUAGAUUCACAAGUUGGGGUGAUCGAUUUCUCCAUGUAUUUGAAGAGUGAUGAUGACAUUGGGGGAAAGGAGAGAAAUGUUCAGAUUGCUGCAAUUUUGGACCAAAAGAAUUAUGUUGAAGAACUAAACAGGCAACUGAAUAGCACAGUUAGCAGUCUACAUGCAAGAGUUGAUUCAUUAGAGAAAUCAAAUACUAAACUGAUUGAAGAGUUAGCAAUAGCCAAAAACAAUAUAAUUAAACUUCAGGAAGAAAACCAUCAAUUAAGGAGUGAAAAUACUCUGAUUUUAAUGAAAACACAGCAUCAUCUAGAGGUAACUAAAGUGGAUGUUGAAGCAGAACUUCAGACAUACAAACACUCCAGGCAGGGGUUAGAUGAAAUGUACAAUGAAGCACGUAGACAGCUUCGAGAAGAAUCACAGCUUCGACAAGAUAUGGAGAAUGAGCUAGUAGUUCAAGUUAGCAUGAAACAUGAGAUAGAACUUGCCAUGAAGUUACUGGAGAAGGACAUCCAUGAGAAGCAGGAUACACUCAUAGGCCUUCGACAGCAGCUUGAUGAAGUUAAAGCGAUUAACAUGGAAAUGUACCAAAAGCUGCAGGUCUCUGAAGAUGCUAUGAAAGAAAAGAAUGAAAUAAUUGGUCGCUUAGAGGAUAAGACCAAUCAGAUUAAUGCAACGAUGAAACAACUAGAACAAAGAUUGCAGCAAGCAGAGAAGGCUCAAGUGGAAGCAGAGAAUGAGGAUGAGAAACUUAAACAGGAAUAUGUGAAUAAAUCUGAAAGUCUGCAGAAAGAAUUCUCCCAGAAGGAGAAACAGCUGCUUCAACUGGAAACUGAUUUGAAGAUAGAAAAGGAGUGGCGGCAAACCCUAGAGGAUGAUCUUCAAAAGGAAAAAGAAACAGUAUCUCAUCUACGAAUAGAAACUCAAGAAAUAAUUAACCUUAAAAAAGAGUUCCUUAAACUUCAAGAAAAAAACAGGCAACUGAAAAGGAUAUGUCAAGACCAAGAAGCUGCUCUCCAAGAACUGGCAUCCAAGCUGAGCGAAUCAAAGCUGAAAAUAGAAGAUAUAAAGGAAGCCAACAAAGCAUUGCAGGGCCAGGUUUGGUUGAAGGACAAAGAGGCUACACAUUGCAAGUUAUGUGAAAAGGAAUUUUCCCUUUCCAAAAGGAAGCAUCACUGUAGAAACUGUGGUGAGAUCUUCUGUAAUGCCUGUUCGGACAAUGAACUGCCUCUGCCUUCUUCGCCAAAGCCUGUUCGUGUCUGUGAUUCCUGCCAUGCAAUACUUAUACAGAGGUGCUCUUCUAAUGUGCCCUAAGAUUCUUUUACAAGUAAUUUAUCAAUUUUUGGUAUUUAGCUAAUUCUGUAAAAGUGUACCAGCUACAGAAUGUACAGCACUGUUUCUGGAAUUUCAGGUAAGCAGUCUGGAGUUGCAUUUUCAAAGCACUGUAGAGGAGUUUAGUGGCUGCUUCCUGUUCAUACAAAUAGAGAAAAUGGGAUCCAAAGAUGGAAAACACAUGUUAAAACUGAACAUGUUAAAAAUACAGAUCACAAUGUUAGUCUAACAGAUUACUUGUAAGCUUUUCUGGAGGAAGGAGGAAAGUUUAUACAGGAGACUCAGUGUUAAUGUGUAUUUGAUAAGUAUCUUAGUCAUUUUGAUCUUGAAAAACGUGAUAUAUUUACCUGCUUUUACAGGCUAGUCUGCAACAAGUCCAACCUAAUUCUGCUGCACAAUUUGCCUGCAGUAUGCUGCUGUGAAGUAAAACUCUACAGUAGGUAGUUUUAAAUUGUAGUUUAAAAUUAGUAAUGAAAUUAAUGCAGGUGGUCCUGUAAGUUAUUGCCAAAUACCAUAUUUGUUUGCUUCCCCUCAAUUCUCAAGAUUUGAUGUAUCAAAGAAUAUUGCACUGACAGCUCUGUUCUUUGUAGUCACAGCUGCAGAAGAUUUUAUCGGACAGGUGAGAAACAAUGCCUUUAGGCACUGGAAGAAAGGGGAUGUGUUUUGCCAAAUUAUUUUGGAAAAUGAACUAUUAUUUCGGCUUAUCUGUGUUUUCAUGGAGAGAUGUUCAUCCCAGUUGUUUUGCCUUAUGUUGUCUGUAGCUUCAAACGAGUAUCUGCAUUGUUUUCAUGUAAGUCAUGCUUAGCUCUAGAAGCAGCGUGAAUGUGCUGCCAGGAGACACUAGGAUUAAGCACUGCAGACUGUGUCCUUUGUGUGGUGCCUGUGUUGACAGGAAGGUUAUUCCUCAUUUUGUCACUAUCUUUCUCAGAUUUCUAGUUCGUUUCUAAAUCGGUCUUUCUUUUCUUCAAGACAGCUUUUGAGUGUUGCUAGGUCUGACACCAUCUCUCACUCCUCUCAUUGUUAUCCCAUGGUAAUUUCUGCUGGAAUGUAAGUCUUUAUUCUUCUAGUAGCCAAAUAAGAAUACAUCCUUUUGGGUUAUAUUUAGUAUCGGCCUCAGUUUGAUGUCACUGCACUAGCAUUAAACCCUCUUCCCUUCAGCCCUUUGUGUGGCUGGAUCCAGCUGUGCAAUCUGGUCAGUACUGAGGAGCAGUCAGCAGAAUUAUCAACUCCCUGGUUCUUUCAUCCAUGGGCCUGUUAUAUUCCUACUAACAGGAGCAUGGAGGCUUAGAAACAGGUCUUUUAGUCAUUCCUAAACUUUGUUUAGCUUAGCUGUGUCUUUUAAAGAUAGGCAUUUAGCCAGUAUUCCAAGAGCCAUCCUGUUAAUUUCCACACAUCAAUGUAGUUGCUUAUGUAGCUUUUGUAAAGGAAAGUGUUUUUAAAAUUACCCAGCAUUACUUUUUGUAAAAUGUAAAACAAAUAUUUGUAAAUCUGUAAAUAGCUUUUGGAAAAAAUAAAUUUAAUUGAUCUGCAACUUAAUGAUGGGAGCACUGUCAUAUUAAAAUUUGCAAUUCAGAGUAUUCUUAGCAUUUUAUUGAUGUGAUCAAGUUGCUUAGAAUGUCUUUGCACAUGUUGGACAGAGGGGAGCUACCCUACUCCUUACUUAACAAAGUGCUGCUCACCUGCCGCCUGAAAGUACUCUGAUCUGAGGAUGUUUGCAGGUGAGUUUUUAUUCCUCUGCAAUUUAAAUGCCAAGUUCCUUGAAAGGUUCAGUACUGUUACAGGAUGAAGCAUUAGUGGGGAAGGGGCAGUCAUAAGGCAUUCACUGUCCCAUACAGCAGAAUUUCAUUCAAGACUCACAUUCAGUGUACCUUUUGUAACCUACACUUCAAGCUACUUUGAGUAACCAAGUAAUUCCCCCUGCUCUCCCAAAGGUAAGUUUUAAACCAGUGUUGUUGUGUUUUUUCUCAGAAAAUAGAAUGCUGAGCAUACUUGAUUGAGGAAAGAUUAGAGCUGACACUAUUGUACAGUAUUCAGAUGCUAUGCUUUUACAAAAACCUUUAAGUAGAUGUGCUUUACCUGACUCUAAGAUACAUUGUCCUGACCUCUGUUACCUUAGUUUUACAAGGCAAACCUCAGCAACUGACUAAGAACCCCCUACUUAGAUUGUGAGCACCAAGUUAAAAACAGAGCCCUGCACCAUCCCUGGUAUAAUGAUUUCAAGCCAUCUUUCCUCCCCUUCCUCUCCCAAAGUAUUUCACUUCCUACAUGCCCCUUUCAGCUCUUACUUCCAGUCACUUGGACACAAGCACACACUCUCUAGUGAAAUAAACUCCAUUCUACUCUCUCCUGCAGUUAAGACAUUUAUUACAUAUAUAACACAGUACUGGCAGAACAGGUGACAAACUUUCAAUACCCAAGAUCACAUUUGACAUUUUAAGGGAGGCAUUGAGGACAAAGCAGUUAGUUUGGGAGAUCACACUGGCUCAGAAUAAAUACCUCGUUACACAUCAGGUAUGUUAAGUGUCUUCAAACAAUUGUUUCUUACACAUCUUACAUGUCACAAAUGCACAAAAAACUUUUUUCCAAUGUGUUCGGGGUUGUGUCACUUAACAAAUAUCGGGCUUACAGUUGGCAUUUUAGAGAUGUGGCUCAUAACAAGCUCAUCCAUAAAAUGGGUUGCCAAGUUUUGAACAAAUACAGACAAAUCAGCUAU